GCGGGGUUAUGAUGAUACUGCUGUAGCUACUAUUUAUGGCUAAUUUAUUGGAUAGUUGCAGCGAAUACAUGCCACGGCGGGUUGAAUUCGUCCGCUGUCGCCCUGCCCAUAGCGCCCAUACACUGCUGGACAAGGCUGAAGACCGCCUGCGACAGCCGCCUUCGGUGGAAUUGGCAGCCGCCCAGCAAAGUCCGCCAAACAGACAUCGGACCGGCGAAGCACUAACCCGUUGCCACAUCUCCGCCCAGCCCAUCGAAUCGCCAAACUGCGAUUUGGAGAUUGUCCCGAACCCGAAUCGGUAAUUUUCGAUUACCAUAUUUGGAGAAUGUUCUCGUAUAGUGCAAAAUUUCCUAUAAAUUACCAAGUUUUCGCAAUGAAUGCUCACGAAAAGCCACCAAGGUACUACUUCUUCAUUCUCCUCCAUCUACCACAAUGACCAACUCGAAGCUCAAAUCAGUGCUCAUCACCGGAUGUAGCCAAGGCGGUAUUGGGUCCUCGCUCGCUCUCGAAUUCCAGAAACGUGGAUUCCAUGUUUUUGCCACCGCACGAAAUGUCGACAAGAUGGCUCACCUCAAAGACCUGGCCAACGUUACUCUCCUUCGCGUUGAUGUUACAGAGACAACAUUGAUAAAGGAGGCUGUCGAUGCUGUACAGAAACAAACAGGCGGAGGUCUGGAUUUUCUUGUCAACAAUUCAGGCGUUGUUCAUGUUGCCCCGAUACUCGACACUGACUUGCAGGCAGCCAAGGACAUGUUUGACGUCAAUGUGUUUGGCCCUCUUCUGAUGGUGCAAGCGUUCGCUCCCAUGCUCAUCGCUAGCCAUGGAUGCAUUGUCAAUAUCUGCUCAGUUUCUAGUUACGUAUAUGCACCAUGGAUGGGCCUCUACGGUGGAAGCAAAGCAGCAUUGGAAAUGAUGAGCGAAACCAUGCGACUUGAACUACAGCCUCUGGGUGUUCGUGUUUUGUCGAUUAUAACUGGCGCCGUCGACACCAACAUUAUGAAUACAGUUUCCCCAGCCUCGAUUCCAGAUGAUUCGCCCUACAAGGUGAAAUCUGUCGAAGACGCCUUGACCAAGAUGGUUAAAGCCACAGAUGGAAUUAAGAGAACACCAGCAGACGAAUUCUCCAAGACUGUUGUUAGUGAUGUCUUGCACGGCGCAACAGGACGAGUUUGGCGCGGCGAAAAGGCGGGCACUGUCAAGUUCAUGGCCAAAUUCAGUCCCGUUAGCAUUAUUGAUCGGAUACUGUGUGAACGAGCCGGAAUGGCGGAUCUAAAAGUCUAAGAGCGAAGAAUAAGGGCAACAAUCAGCGUUGGCAACGCAAGUAUACAAUUUACAUUUAUAUCCACUAGAGUUAUGAAUAGUUUUUAAAUAACUUCAUUUAAAUAUACCAAUCAAUAUAAUUUACUCACUUUUUU